AUCGGUUGCUUGACAAACGGAAAAAUCUGGGCCCAAGGAAACUGUCCGACAGAGAAAUCUCACUUUACGCAUUCCUUCUCUCUCCUUCUCUUCUGAUUGCGAAAAUACUGAUUCUCUGAUAUUCUUCCCUUUUCAAGGUUGUAUUUGGUGGUUAAUUCGUAUGAUCGGUGAAGCAUUUUGUGUAUUUUCGUUUGAGAUCUUGAUAUGUUUGUAGUUUGAGACUUGUUUGGGAAAUUCCGGGAUGUGAUUCAGUAUCAGUUAUGGUACAACGAAAUAACUCAGAAGCUAAUAUUAACCAGGGAGAUGGUAGCACCACCACCACCACCACCACUACCAGCACCACCACAAAUACACCUCCUACAACUGCGGAUCAGCAACAACAACGGCCGCGUCCCACAAAUACGGUUUAUAAGAGUGGACCACUUCUCCUUUCGUCAAAAGGGUUAGGAGGAUGGAUUACAUGGAAAAAGAGGUGGUUUAUUUUGACACGCACUUCAUUGGUCUUCUUUAGAAGCGAUCCAAGUGUUACUCAAAGAGGAGGUGAGGUGAACUUGACCCUGGGUGGGAUAGACCUUAACAACUCAGGCAGCGUUGUUGUCAGAGAAGAUAAAAAGCUCAUAACAGUGCUCUUUCCCGAUGGUCGUGAUGGGCGAGCUUUCACUCUUAAGGCUGAGACUUCAGAGGAUCUCUCCGAAUGGAAGACUGCACUUGAGACUGCUCUGGCACAGGCGCCUAGUGCGGCUCUUGUAAUGGGGCAGAAUGCCAUCUUUCGCAAUGACCAAGCUGAAACAGUUGAAGGAGGUUUUGAUCAAUGGGGUAAGGAUAAGCAAGCUGCGAGGUCCUUGGUUGUUGGUAGGCCAAUACUACUUGCUCUGGAGGAUAUUGAUGGAACUCCAUCGUUUUUAGAGAAAGCGCUCAAGUUCAUGGAGGAGCAUGGAUUUAGAGUAGAAGGUAUCUUGCGGCAAGCUGCUGAUGUUGAUGACGUCGAGCGCCGGAUCAAGGAAUAUGAGCAGGGGAAAGAUGAGUUCUCUCCAGAGGAAGAUGCACAUAUCAUCGCUGAUUGCAUCAAGUAUGUCCUUCGGGAGUUACCAUCAUCCCCAGUUCCUGCAGCUUGUUGUAAUGCACUGGUAGAAGCAUGUAAAACUGAUCGUGGAGGUAGAGUCAAGGCUAUGCGUGCUGCUAUAUCUCAGACAUUCCCAGAGCCAAAUCGACUUUUACUGCACAGAAUACUAAAAAUGAUGCAAGUUGUUGCUUCUCACAAAGCUGAGAAUCGGAUGAGCACAUCAGCUGUAGCGGCUUGCAUGGCACCCCUACUUCUACGCCCCCUUCUGGCAGGCGAUUGUGAGCUCGAGAAUGAUUUCACUCUUGGCGGGGAUGGUUCUGUUCAACUUUUGCAAGCUGCUGCUGCAGCUAACCAUGCGCAGGCCAUUUGUAUAACUUUAUUGGAGGAGUGCAACAACAUAUUUGGGGAUAGUGAUAUACAAGACGGUUCAUCUCCUGAAUUAUACUCCGGGACAGACGAGAGCGGCACAGAAGAUGGUGAAGCUUCUGAUGAAGAUGAGGACGGGGAUGAGGAUGAUGGUAGUGAUCAUGAUUCACAAUUCGACAAUGAUGCUGAAUCAGAAGAAGAUCUUGAAGAUGCAAGUAGAACAGCCAGUGAAAGCAGUGGCGAUGAAGAGGAUUUGUACGACAAUAAGGUUUCUGAAGGUUCUAAUUUGGAUUUUGCAUCUCCUGAAGCUCAAAUAAGUUCGCAAGAUAACCAGAGUCGGAAAACCUCCUCAAGUCAGACUCAAGAUUCACUUUCUCAGAGUGCUAAUGCACAGGGCAAUAGUAGUUUGCAAAAUCAGAAGAAUAAUAAUAGUUCAGUGGUUCGUGGGCGAGGGUCUCCUGAAUCAGUAGGAGACCCCCCUCCUUCACCAGGCAUACUGCCCAGUGCGAAUAGUGCUUGUUCAGGGCCUCGUCCUCGCGAUUCUCCAAAGAAACUGGGAGAUCCCCCUGUUUCACCAGGCCUGCCACCUCAUUCACCCAACACAAACUCGUUCAGCAAACCUUAUGAAUCCGUGGUUAUUUCCAGACGCCCAACUGUUUUAGGACGAACUCCUGCAAAAAAGAAUCUGUCUAUGGAAUCCAUUGAUUAUCCAAUUGAAGAAGAGGCUGAAAUUCAGCGGCUUGAGGAUGCAAAAACGGAGUUGCAAAAUAAAAUUGCAAAAGAGGCAAAAGAAAAUGCUAGUCUACAUGUGAGUUUGGAAAGAAGAAAGGAGGCUUUGCGUGAACGUCGUAUAGCCCUCGAACAAGAUGUGAAAAGACUUCAAGAGCAGUUUCAGAAGGAGAGAGAAUUAAGGGCAGCUAUGGAAGCUGGGCUGAACAUGUCAUCAGGACGCUUGCCUAUCUCUUCUAAUAUUGAUAAAAAGACAAAGGCAGAGCUCGAGGCAAUUUCACUAGCAGAAGCAGAUGUCAAUAAUCUGAAGCAGAAGGUUUCUGAUCUCCAUGAACAACUUAAUAAACAACGAGAAACAUCUAUAUGUGAAUCAUGCGGCCAGCAACAACAAAAACCAAACUUCCAAGCAGGACAGAAAGAUCAACGAAAAACUGAUGAAGCUAAGCCUGCUUUACCUCUUCAUGAAUCAUCUAAGCAGAGAGAGGAUAGUUCAUCCAGUGAAGAAAAUGAUAAAGUGAGAACACAUAAAACAACUCCUUCAGCCAAGAAAAUCUCGAGCAAGAAGCAACAUAAAGACUCGGCUCGUAAAGACAGUAACAUAUCUGUAGGUUCUGGUUCUUCUUCCGUGGAGCCUCCAGCAGAGGCACCUACUACUUCUAGUUCGAAUAAAUUGGUUGCACAAAGCGAGGAUGCUUCUGAAGGAGAUAGUGAGAAACUGAGAACACAGGAAACAUCAUCUGCAUCUAACAAGCAGUCUGCUCAAAAGCAACAGACAGACUCAUCAAGUCAAGACAAUAAUAAACCAGGGUCUGCUUCAUCAUCUUCUGGGGAAACAGGGGUAUCAACUCUUAAUUCCAAGAAAGCAGGUUCAAAGAUUGAAUAUUUCAAGUAGUGUAGUCAGUAUCUCUGUGAUGGUUGAUUUGAUCGGAAUGUGAGAAUACCUAGUUGACACUUCACCUGCAUCAAACAACAGGCAGCCGCUUCCACAUCUUCGGCUCUUUCAAAGCUGACGACCAGACUCAAUUUUUUGAAGGAACGGAGAACCCAGAUUGUAAAUGAGCUACAUAACAUAGAAACCAGCAGGGGAACUGAUAGUUCUAAUAGUCAAUCCCCCAACACUCCACCUCGAAGGACCAACUCCAGAUGAUAACAAAAAGAAGGCCAGAUUAAUGUAGACCAGUAUGUUAUGAUUAUAUUUUGUGUCUCACAGGGAUGUAACAUUGGUGUUUUUGUAUCUAAAAAAAUUUGCAGUUCAACCAAUUUACAUUUUAUUUAACUAUGUUUUGCUUAGCAGUGUACAGGAUCCCAAACUAGUUAUAGAGUACUUGAUUGUUUUUUUAAGGGCGUGGUGCAGGUGUUAAGGGCACUCAUAGGCGGCCAAAUCCAGAUCCAGAUUAUUAUUUUACUUUAUUUUUCCA